CACGCGCUUCAACGUUAACGGACUUGAGAAUGGUUUUCGUCUCAGUCUAGUUGUACAAAGCAGAAAAAAAUGGUUGAUUACGACAAAAUCCUCGAACAUGUCGGUGAGUUAGGAACUCACCAGAAGAAGAUGUGCUUCUUCGUGUAUCUCCCGAUGAUGACGAUGGGGAUGCACACCAUGGCGAUGGUGUUCCUGGCGGCCACGCCGGCGCACCGGUGCAGGGCGCCCGAGGGGGCCGUGCUGGCGACUCGGUACAACUGGAGCGAGCCCGAGCUGCUCAACAUGACCAUCCCGUGGACAGAGGACGAUGAUGGGAAUCCGGUACGAAGCAGCUGCGAAAGGUACGAUUUGAAACUCCCUUCCAAUGGCGAUCUGAACGACACAUUCGAUGUGAUGUCGUCCAACCUGACUACGAAGCCGUGCGAUGCCGGUUGGCACUACGACCAGAGCCAGUACAAGUCCAGUAUCACCAUGGAGAGUGACAUCGUGUGCGGGAACAAGUAUCUGGCCAAGAUGGCGCAGUCCAUCUACAUGGUGGGAUUCCUGGUCGGCUCGCUCGUCUUCGGAGACAUCUCUGAUCGAUUCGGCAGGAAAGUCGUCUUCUUCGCUGUAGUCGCCAUGCAGUGCUUCUGUGGCAUAGCUUGCUCCUUCGCGCACAACUACAUUGCCUUCGUCGUGCUUCGUUUCUUCAUCGGAGCCGCCGGAGUCGGGGCCUACGUCACCAGCUUCGUCCUCGUGUCGGAAGUUGUGGGGCCGUCCAAGCGCACGCUGGUGGGCACGCUGGAGUACUGCUGCUUCGUGCUGGGGUACAUCAUCAUGGGCGGGAUAGCCUACUUCGUCCGGACCUGGUCCAUGUUACAGCUCAUCAUCUCUCUACCCGGGGUAGUCUGGCUCCCGCUCUGGUUUUUGGUGACGGAGUCUCCCAGAUGGCUGCUGGCCAAAGGCCGUACGGACGAGGCUCGCGCCAUCGUGGAGAAGAUGGCGGAAAAGAACGGUGUGGACUUUCCGGAGGCCCUGUGGAAUGAUAUGCUGAAAGAAGAGGACGAGCCGGACCCUGAAGAGCCGGAGAAGCCAGCCUACUUCUACUCUGUCCGUGACCUCGUGCGCACUCCCAACAUGGCCAAGAAAUCCGUCAUCAUCUUCAUCAACUGGGCCGUCAUCACCAUGGUCUACUACGGCCUUUCCCUCAACACCUCGAGUCUGGGAGGGGACGACUACGUCAACUUCACGGUGUCCGGGUUGGUGGAGUUCCCCGCCCUGGCCGUGUCCAUGUUCCUGGUGGAUCGGUGGGGCAGACGGCCUGCUCACUGCCUGUUCAUGAUCGGCGGAGGCCUGGCCUGCAUUUCUGUACUCUUCGUACCAAAAGGAUAUGUCUGGGUUGCGACGGUCCUCGCUAUGACGGGGAAGUUCGGCAUCUCCGGCAGUUUCAAUGUCAUCUACAUCUGGUCUGGAGAGCUCUAUCCUACCGUUAUCAGAAACCUCGGGAUGGGUGUAGCCUCCAUGUGGGCCCGAGUCGGCGGUAUCGUCUCCCCCUUCAUCGCCCUGUCCAUGGACCUCUGGGGGCCUCUGCCCUACAUCAUCUUCGGCGGGCUGGCCCUUGUAGCAGGUGUUCUGUGCCUGAUUCUACCGGAAACGUUGAACUUUCCUCUGGCUCAGACCUUGGAAGAAGCCGAGGCUUUCGGAAAGGGUGGGUCGUUCUGUUGUCCGACAUCGUCUGUCAACGGCCCAGAGGAUGACGGGAAGGCCCAGGAGAUGAUACCAGCGGUGUCUAACCAUGAUCCUCCGCGCGAAGACGAAGCAGAAAACUCCGCGCCAAAUGGAAAUGGUCCGACAAUGGUUUAG